CUUGGGUUUGCACUCGGACCACUUCUUUUCGGACCACUUGCUUUCCUGAUUGGCGGCAGAAGCGUCUACAUUGGAACGUAUUUGUGCUUUACAGCAUUUUCUUUCGGCAUCUCGGAAGCUCGCAAUAUACAAACAGUAAUCGUAUGCCGCUUCUUCGCCGGCGUCAUGGGAAGCUCAUCUCUCAACAAUACGGUUGCCACGAUUGGACAGUUUACGACGCCAACUCAAUUGACUCAGUACUCAAUUUGGUACGCUCUAGCGGCCUUUGGAGGCCCCGGGCUUGGUCCAGUCAUUGCCGCAUUCGUCGACCAUCGCGCAGGAUUUCGAUGGAACCUUCGCAUGCAGGCAAUAUUCGUGGCGAUUUGCACGGUCGCGUGCUUUCUCUGCAUCCCUCAACUGGGUACGCCUGCGUUGUGGCAAAAGAAUAUCGGGACGGGAGAAAGCAAGAAAAAAAGCUCCUUCAUCUGGGCUACUUGCAAAAGAGCCCUUCUGGGUCCGUUCGUCUGGUUAGCAACUGGUAAGCGAUCUUCACGCUGUCAAAGAACUGCAUGUACUGUACUGUACAUUAACAAUCUCGCCCGUACAGAGCCAGUCGUCCUUGUCAUCUGCAUUUAUCUGUCGUUGCUUUACGGCAUCUUAUACGGCUUCUUCGAGGUAUUCCCUUACGUUUUCCGCGACAUCCGUCAGUGGUCAGGAGAAAGUACUGGUCUUAUUUUCAUCAGCCUUCUGGUCGGCUUUUUUGCAGCCGUUGUUGUCGUUCUCGUUCCUCAACGCCUCCACGAGAAGAAAGUCUAUGCUAUGCAGGCCGACGGCAAGAUGCCGCCAGAGACGAAAUUGCAACAAAUGCUCUGGGCUGGGGCGUUGCCGCCAAUCGGGCUCUUUAUAUUCGCUUGGACAGCGCCCUUCACAUCUGUCCACUGGUUCGGCGCUGCCUUUGGCAUGGCCCUUUUUGCUCUUGGGAUGAUGGUGAUAUUCACUGCCCUCAUUCCUUAUUUGGUCGCCUAUGCUGGCUCUGAGGCGCCUCUUGCCCUUGCGGCCAGCACCUUUACACGCGCUGCGUUCGGAGCAAGCUUUCCCCUCUUUUCCGUGCAAAUGUACAAAGGUAUGACAGUUCAAGGCGCUUCGUCAAUGCUCGCUGGACUCGCUCUGCUUUUGGUCCCUCUUCCUUGGGUCUUGAAGAAGUAUGGGCCAAAGCUGCGCGCAAAGAGCCGUCGAAUGUCAUCGUAG